CCUGAGCUGCUGUGCGUCGCAUGUUGGAUGACGCGUCGCUGCGCUUUCCUCUAUAGAAGCUUGUUCGCAGAGGGAGAAAGAGGUGUGUGAGGGCGCGAGGGAUGGCUGACAUGGAAAUGGACACGCCAAGCAACAAGGCGAAAGAAGAUGAAAGCGCAGAGACGAAGAAGAAACGCUCUCGAGUAAAACAGCUGCUGGCUGACAUUGUCAAGCAGGUGGACUUCUGGUUUGGUGAUGUUAACCUUCACAAGGAUCGCUUUCUCCGGGAGCAGGUUGAGAAAUCCAGAGAUGGUUUCAUUGAUAUUUCUCUAUUGGCCUCGUUUAAUAAGAUGAAGAAACUGACUACAGAUACUAAACUUAUUGCCAGAGCGAUCAAGAAUUCUUCAGUUGUGGAGAUGAAUUCACAAAAUACUAAAAUCAGGAGAAGGCUUCCACUUGGGGAGAAACCUGAGGAUGUGGAUGACCGUACUGUAUAUGCAGAACUACUUCCAAAGAAUGUUACCCACAGCUGGAUUGAUCGCGUUUUUGGUAAAUGUGGAACGGUUGUCUAUAUUAGCGUUCCCAGAUACAAAUCUACAGGUGACACAAAAGGAUUUGCAUUUAUUGAGUUUGAGACUCAAGCACAAGCUGCUAAAGCCAUCGAGGACUUGAAUAAUCCUCCAGAGGAAGCACCAAGGAAGGCUGGGAUUUUCCCCAAGACUGUAAAGAGCAAGUACGUUCCGGAGUUAAGAGUCUCAGAAUCUCGGGAGCUUGAAGAGAAAAAGAAGAAGAAAAAGAAAAAGUCAAAGAGCAGAAAAGAGAGCGAGGAAAAACCAGAGGAGGAAAAUAUUGAUGCACCUUCAAAGGAGGAAAAACCUAAGAGGCAUCGCAGUGUGUCAGAAAGUUCAGUGGCUGAAUCGUCCGAUACCAAUAAACCGUCUUCAAGAAGGGAAAAGAAAAAGAAGAAGAGAGAUAGAGCCGAGAGUUCUGACCAGUCUGAUGAGGUUAGACCAUCCAAAAGAAAACAUACAGAGAGCAGCUCAGAAGAACACGACUCCUCCUUUUCGAAGCAAAGGAAAAUGCAUUCUGGAUCUGUUGAUUCAAAGUCUUCCCGAGACCUUCUGGACUGCAAAGAAGUUUCUACAGAAGAAGAAAAGGACACAAGUGACAAGAAAGACACCUCUGCUGUGAAAGUAAAAAGGAAAAGAAAAAAGAAACACAAGGAGCGACACAGAGUUGGGGAAGAGGUGAUUCCGCUCAGAGUCCUGUCAAAGAAGGAAUGGUUGGACCUCAAGGCUGAAUACCUUUCACUUCAGAGAUCCAGCAUGGUGUCCCUCAAGAAAUCACUAUAUGAAAUAAGCCGUUCUUCUACAGGAGAGAUGGAAACUGAGCCAACGGGGCCAAACCUUGACAAUAAAGCAAAUAGUGCAAAGACUGAAAGUCUUGGACCUCAGUUUGUAUGUGGCGUUAUUGUGAAGAUCACUUGCUCAGAUCCUCUGCCGGUUCGUAAAUCUGUUAAGGAGAUAUUAUCUGCAGUGUCUGAAGUGGUAUAUGUAGAUAUGCUGGAGGGGGAUACGGAGUGUCAUGCUCGCUUUAAGACUCCUGAAGAAGCUCAAGCUGUCCUGAAAGCACGCUCUGAUCUGCAGAGCAAGCACAAUUGGAAGGUUCAAAUUCUCACUGGAGACGGUGAGCAGCGAUAUUGGCAGAAGAUCUUGGUGGACAGGCAGGCAAAAAUGAACAAACCUCGUGAUAAGAAACGGGGAAAUAAAACGUUGAUUGCAAAAGCUGAGAAAAUCCGCCUUGUUAAAACCCAAGAGGCUUGCAAACACAUCAGAUUCUGUGAAGAACCCUGACACACAGAAGUGACAUUCAGACUUUUUUUACAUUUUAUAAUUCUUCAACAUGCAAACGCACACAUUUCAGGUUACAGUUUUGUUUAGACAUUCUUCUGUUGGAUAUUUUGGGGAAAAAAAGUGUGUUUUAAACAUUGUAUUGAAGGUAAAUGCAGAAUCUUUCUGGGUGUUUGCUCAGGAGUUAAUAAGCUCGCUGGAAAUAUGGAUAGGAAAUUAAUAAGUGGAAGCUGCUACUGCUGACCUCACGUCUAAAAAUGCUAGUUGCUUGAUGAACAUCCCGUACACACGGGCCGGGUGACAUCAGCUGGUUCAAUAAAAAACAUCCAACAUUCGGCCCGUGUGUAUGGUAGCCGGCAGUCAAUGGCUGAGACCACCGAUUGGAGUGUUCUGACUGGGGGCCCGUCCCCCUGUCCGAACACAACAGCUCAGUACAGCGGCUCCAACCGGAGCUGACAAUUUUUAUUUUUGCGUUCAACCUGCUGGGUUGAAUGGAAAAAGACUCGGUGAAUACCAGGCUUUACUGAUCCCAUAGUAAUUUUUUAUUUAUUGACAUGGGCAUGCAGUUUAGGGGUUUUGACCUCAUAGAUACGUUUGGUGUUAGUGAUCCAGCAAGUACUGAGGUGUGACAGCCAGGCAGCUGAUGUUUUCAGAAGCGGAUAAGUAAUAGCAGCUUAUGUAUUUCACUGCCUGCGAGUGCAUUUCAUUUUUGUUCAAAUUAUUCUGUGUAAAGUCCAGUAAGUCCCCAAACCCAGCCACACUUUGCAUCCAGGCCCAUUCAUUUCUUUAUCUACCAUAAGAGAAAAUAAAAGGGGGCAGCAUGCUAAAGCUUCUAGAUGCCAAGGAACACCCCAGAUGCUUAAUAUUUUGUUUUUAGCUUAUAAAAAAAGGGUUACUACUAAUCAAUUUAGUUAUCAUAGACCUGCUGAUGACUACCAAUGACUCGAGCAGUUUGUAACUAUGUUGCGGUUACCGCAUAUAAUUACUUGCCUAUGCCGUUUUUUCCUUUCCUUUAGUGUGAUCAAAUUGCUUAAAGGAGAUGUUCACCUUUUUAGAACAUGUUAGAUGUUAUACCUGUAUUUAGGAUGUAAUAUGUUCAAGCCUGUGUUCCUUUCAUCCUGACAGCGGGCGGGGGCUCCCUCUCCCACAGCCACUGUCACAUAAUAUAACAUACAACACAGUUAUUAACAGACUAUCCUACAUGUAUGUUUAAUACAGACAUGAUUGUGAAUUCUAUGUGAAGCUGUCAAAGGAUAUAUUUUGUUUUU